CAAAAUCCCUGCAACAUAUGCAGUUUCCGCUGAUCUGUACCUUCGUUGUCACCCCCCUGAUCCUCUUUCCUCGAACACUUCACUUUCUCCCUCCCCCAGUCCCCCUCCUCUAUAUAUUCCCUUCCUUUCUCACCAAGAUACCCAUAAACACAUUUUUUUUUUCUGUCUAGUGCAUUGUGGUCAUUGAAUAGAUACUCGUAAAAUCGUUGAUCAUCCAGCAAUGGCGUCGAGAAGUGAUAUCGUGUUCGAGGAUUUCUUUCCAUCCAUGGUGGAGAAAUUGGGUGAAGAAGGGUUUAUAAAUGAGCUGUGUAAUGGGUUUCGAUUAUUGAUGGAUGGGGAGAAGAAAGAGAUCACUUUUGAGAGCUUGAAGAAGAACUCUGCUGUGCUAGGGUUGCAGGACUUGAAUGAUGAUGAAUUGAUGUGCAUGGUGAGAGAAGGUGAUCUGGAUGGAAAUGGAAGCUUAAAUCAGAUGGAGUUUUGUGUCCUCAUGUUUAGGUUGAGUCCUGAGUUGAUGAAAAGAUCAAAGAGGUUGGUAAUAGAAGCUGUAAUGAAAGAGUUGGAAGGCCUGUAAUAUUGUUUAUUAGGUCAUCUCUCUCUCUCUCUCUCUCUCUCUCU